AUGUUUCAAGGCUCUGUGCUCAAUAAACUAUCGCAGAAUGGUGAUGACUGCUAUGUUUUCUUUAGAGUCGAUGUUUUUCCAGAAUCAACAGGCCUCUGUGAAUACCAAAUCGCAUGUCAGCUCUUUAACAAAUCGGAGCUCAAUCUAAAAUUUCUCCACGCAAACAAUGGUGGUGUAUUAGGUGGCCUAUUUGGAACAAGGCACAGAUCUUCUCUCAGUCCUAUACGCCCGAAAGAGGCUUCAUCGAACCGAAGCCCUCUUUUCAAUAUCUUCCCCAAGUCUAAUGAUGGUCGAUUAGGUGAUACGGUGGUCCAAAGGAAUCACCAAUCUUUUCUCAAUCCAAAUCUUCCUCACACUGAUUCAUCAAAUCACAGUUCUGUGUUAUACAACUCUCCCCAGUUUACCUCCACUGGAUCAAGUUGUUUGUCAAAUAUUUCACCCGAAGGCACUCUAAUAAAGCAGGAUAGCAACGGAACUGGAGCGGCCACCUAUUCCAUGCUGGAAGAUUGGACUGGUAUGGAUAGAGAGAAAGCCAAGGAAUACAUAAUAAGCUGUCAGUGACUCCCAGUCAUAUAUGACAGUGGAUUUGGGUUGGUUCCUGGUUCAUAAUCCCAUGUUAGGUGGAUUCUUUUAUUUCUGUGAUCCAGUUUAUGAUUCACCUUUAUAGAUUAUGGUAUGUUUAAAAUUGAUAUGAAACUUCUGUUGGACAUCAUUAUGUUCAGUUAUUACUCAGUUAUGAGUCACUAUUUGGUGCUAAUCAAGGAGC